CAUUGCUUUCACCAGUACUUUCCUUCAGCCUGGAGACCAAGAGCAACCCUAUCAUGGACUGUGGGAUGGAAAGUCGGGGCGAGUUGUGGCAUUUCCCCUCUUUCUUCUUAUAAAGGAAUACAAACGAUUCAAAGGAGAGUUUAUCAAGCAACCGGUCUCGUACGAUGUUCACAGGCGCGCGUAAUCUUAUGUAGCCAACGCAUUUGGACAUUUAACACUCAUAUCUCCAUUCACGAUCUUCAUCCUCAUCAUUAUCAUCAUCAUCAUCAGCCCUGGAAGACGUCGAGUCGCUUCGGACCCAAAAGUCAUGGAUGUAUGGUUCUGUUCAGCGGUUCCGGUGUUCACCUGGAGGUUUUUCUUUCUUUCAAGCAUCUUCCAGGGCUACUGGAGCUCCAUGCUCGAUUGUCCGCCGACAUGCAGCUGUUCGCCCACUGAAAUCUAUUGCAAUAAGUCCGACAGUGGAAAUUUCUUCCCUUUACUUGCUCUGCAAGACCCGACGGGCAAUGGCAGUAACAAUAAUGACAUUGAAGAGCUCUUCAGGAACAUCACGGCCAUACACAUAGAGAAUUGGACCGGACUGCAGAUUCUUAAGGAUGUUGACAUGGAGCUGUACACAGGACUCCAGAGACUGACAAUAACGAACUGCAAUUUACGGACAAUCCAGGCACGUGCGUUUGCCCAGAAUCCUCACCUCCGCUACAUAAACCUGUCGAGGAAUCCUCUCUCCACGCUCUCCUGGCAACUUUUCCAACAUCUUCAACUCCUCGAACUGAGGCUGGAGGGGGUUGUCUUUGACUGCGGCUGUGGCAUUCGAUGGAUUCAGCUCUGGCAGCAGCGAGGAGAGGCCGGCCUGCACACCCAGCAGCUCUACUGCAAGAACGGAUCGUACAAGAUACGUCUGAGAUCAAUGAGCAUUGCCCACUGUGACCUGCCGGACAUCAGCGUAGCUCACAGUAACCUCACUGUGCUUGAGGGAGAUAACGUAACGCUAAGUUGUAACGGUUCUGGUGCUCCAUUACCCGAGGUGGACUGGACCGUACAGGGCCUUCACUCCAUCAACACACAUCAGUCGAACGUAUACUGGCCCAACAUUCACUCCAUCAACCUGACGCUGGUCAACGUCAGCCGGGACGACAACGGUUUCGCGCUCACCUGCAUCUCGGAGAAUGUGGUCGGCAUGACCAACGUGUCGCUUCAGCUGGCUGUGCUGUUUCCGCCUGUAAUUUUGAAGCUGGAUGAGCCGGAGCGCCGCCAUCACACCUGUAUCGAGUUCACCGUGAGGGGAUUCCCUCAUCCCACACUGCGCUGGUUUCACAAGGACCGGGAGAUCCUGCAGAGUGAAUACAUCUACACGGAGAUGGCGCACUACCAAGAUUACUUGGAAGGCUGCUUGAUUUUAGAGAACCCAACACAUUAUGACAAUGGAAACUACACGCUGGUAGCCACAAACACUCUGGGUUCAGUCACUAAAACCGUGCACGGCUAUUUCUUAGAUCCACCUGACUAUGAAGGCAUAACUGAGUAUGUUCCAACGCCUGAAGAUGAGUCGAAGAGACCGGAGGAGGACUCAUUUGGGAUGUCGAUCGCCGUGCUUCUGGCUGGAUUCGGUUGCGUGUUCCUCGUUGUUAUUUUCGUCCUUAUCAACAAAUACAGCAGACGUAACAAAUUCGGGAUAAAAAGCCCUGUCGCAGUUAUCAGCGGGGAGGAGGACUCCGCAAGCCCCCUUCAUCACGUCAAUCACGGUAUCAUAACGCCCUGCUCUAUGGACGCGGGACCCGACGCUGUCAUCAUCGGCAUGAGUCGGAUUCCCGUCAUUGAGAACCCGCAGUAUUUCCGACACGGACAUAACUGUAACAAGCCCACCACCUAUGUGCAGCAUAUUAAGCGGAGAGACAUUGUUCUGAAGAGAGAGCUGGGAGAAGGAGCUUUUGGGAAAGUCUUUCUGGCCGAAUGUUACAACCUCAGCCCCAACAAGGAUAAGAUGCUGGUAGCUGUCAAGACUCUGAAGGAUCCGACUCUAGCAGCCAGAAAAGACUUUCAGCGAGAGGCUGAGCUCCUCACGAACCUCCAACAUGAGCACAUUGUCAAAUUUUAUGGCGUGUGUGUGGACGGCGAUCCUCUCAUUAUGGUGUUUGAGUACAUGAAGCAUGGAGACCUCAACAAGUUUCUAAGAGCUCACGGUCCUGACGCUAUGAUCCUGGUGGACGGCCAGCCGAUGCAGUCAAACGGAGAGCUGGGUCUCUCACAGAUGCUUCAUAUCGCCACACAGAUAGCGGCAGGGAUGGUCUAUCUGUCCUCUCAGCAUUUCGUGCACCGUGACCUGGCCACCCGCAACUGUCUCGUGGGUAAUGGGCUGCUGGUGAAAAUUGGAGAUUUUGGGAUGUCCAGAGACAUUUACAGUUCAGAUUACUAUCGGCCAGCCGUGCUAGCGGAGAAUGUGGGAGGCCACACCAUGCUGCCCAUACGCUGGAUGCCUCCAGAGAGCAUCAUGUACCGGAAGUUCUCCACCGAGAGUGAUGUAUGGAGCUUCGCAGUCAUCAUGUGGGAGAUCUUCACUUACGGGAAACAGCCAUGGUUUCAGUUAUCCAAUAAUGAGGUCAUUGAAUGCAUUACCCAAGGUCGGGUUCUAGACAGGCCUCGCCUGUGUCCUAAGGAAGUGUACGACCUCAUGUUAGGCUGCUGGCAAAGAGAGCCGCAACAACGACUGAACAUCAAAGACAUUCAGAAGGUCCUUUACGCUCUGGGCAAAGCCACUCCCGUCUACUUAGACAUCCUCGGCUGAGACCGGCGCCGCCUCUCUCGCCAGUACGACACAAUCCAGGAAUAACCAAACGACCCCACAUCGGCGCUCCGCUGGGAAGACACGUCGGAGAGGAACUUUUAAGUGCCUGCAACCUUUUUUCGAUACACUGGGUAUAAAAGUAAAAAUAUUUAAAAACAAACUUUUACAUUUUGUUAACUGGUACAGUAUAUAGUGUACAGAAUGAAGACAACAUUUUUCCUAAAAAGAUGACAGUGGGAACGGCAUUAGUUGGAUGGCAUCAUGUUGCGAGAAAUGAUUUCAUUUUCUACACAUAUAUAGUACACAUAUAUAUUUUUAUUUAUUCAUUUUCGGUUUGAAGGUAUGGGUGCCUGUCAUGUUUAGUGCUGUUGAUCUUAUCUUUUCGAGACGGCUGCUAUUUGGUCGUGCUUUGCUUUGAUGGCCGGGAUUGUGCGAGGAAAACCUUAUUCCAGUUUUAUGCUCAUUUUCUCUUAUUUUUUGCAACUUUAAUUUCGUGACAUAUAGCUCUCGGGCGGGCAACUUUGAACCUUUAGAAUACUAAAACUUUGAUAUAUUUUCAUUGUAUGUGAUUGUAUAUACUGUAAAUUUAUAUACUUGUCGACCUGUUAACUUAUUUUUUGUUUUGAUUUCUUUUUCAACACAUGGGUUGCGAUGUACACUUUGUAAAGGGCCAGCCGGGAGAGAAUAUAAAUAUCAAGCAGUAUCUUAAAGCGAGCUCAUUAAUAUACAGGGUCUUAUAUUGUUUUUCACCUAUCAUGAUGGAGUCGAAUCUAUCUAAGUACUUUGCAUCACCAAAACUCAACGUGCUACAAUAGGACUUACACCGCUGGCUUGAUGUCACCCUGCUCCUAAAUCAGCAGAUCACAGUCUUUAUAGCAUUUGAUAAAUAUCAAUGCCAUCGCAUCUAAAGUUAACAAUUUCAUGAUGUUGUUGUCUGUAGCUAAACAGUUACUUGUUAUUCGAGGAGAUGUUCCUCUGAGAUGUUUGUCGAUAAAGCGCCAAAUCUUUGAGACAUCAGGAUUUCGAGAGAUUCUCUUGCCUCUUUGCGGUACCACAGAUAUUUGCAAACGACAUAUAAAAAUGUAUGUUUAGAUUAAGUAUUAAAUAAAUAUCUGAAACUUG